UUCUCUUGUGCGUCCGCUCUCAUUCAUGCCUCUUCACUUCUCGCUGUCGAUGUCGCUGCAUCAGAUCGUCGAGGGGUUGUGGGGCAAGGAGAAGCGCGAAGAGGGAGCCAAGGUCGAGUACCUCGUCCGCGGAUGGCAGGACGAGGACCUGUACCCGAACACGAGCUGCAAGCGCCUUCGCGCGCUCGACUCUGCCUCGAUCGCCGCCACGACAAAAGAACAGGCGCCCAUCCUCGCCGCGCUCGACUCGGUACUCGAGCCAGUCGUCGGGGCUCCCCUUCGAAUCGACUCGUCACCUCGCGCAAGCGGCGUACUCGACACCGUCCUCGUCUGCCGCGCGCACGGAAUCAAGCUGCCGAAGGAGCUCGAGGAUCCGAAGACUUUGCGGUUACUCGAGGGCGCGAUCUGUCACGAGUGGUUCGACGGGUACAAGAACCUCGAGUUCCGCAAGCUCGCGAUGGGCCGGCUCCUCUCCUCGCUCCGGCAGACGCUCGAGGCCAAGGCGAACGACCCGCUCGAGAAGGUUGAGAAGACGCGGCUGGCGGUCUACUCGUGUCACGACACGUCGAUUGCAGGCAUUCUGAAUGCGCUCGAUGCGUUCGACAGCCGGUGGCCGCCCUUCACUUCGCAUGUUGCUGUCGAACUCUUCCGCUCCGCCUCGCCGCCUUCGAUCCUCUCCGCCUUCCUCCCGUCCGUCCUCCGCCCCUCUCAGCCGCAUUACGUCCGCCUCCGCUUCAACGCCCGCAACCUCCGACUACCCGCCUGCGCCCCCGAGGGCAAGCAUCUCCCGGGCUCGAACGGCGAGGUCUGCACGUUCGAGGCGUUCAAGGAUGCGGUCAGG